AUUUAUAGCUAUAGUUAAAGCAAAUAAAUUCUCGAAAUUAUGAGAGAUUAAAGUAUGCUCUUGCAACGGUGAAAGAUAAGCUGUGGAUAUUAAUAGAAAGUUAUCUUUAAAAAUCGAUUAAGAUACCUCUAUUAUUACAGAAAACCAUACCGUUUAAACUUGGCAUUUCGAUACAAUAAUGUUUUGGUUUACUAUUACGUUUUUAGGCAUUUUAAUUACGUUUCUACUAUGGUACUAUGGAAAAAGGCCGUUGAGUUACUGGCGAAAAAUAGGUGUCAAACAAGGACGCCCAUAUUUUUUCUUGGGAGACACUGGAAUAAUGAUUUUUAAGAAAAUGUCUCUAUGCGAAUACAUAGAGUAUAUUUAUAAAAUGUUCCCCGAGGAACGGUACUCUGGAAUAUACCAAUUUACAAAACCCACCCUUUUGAUCCGUGAUCCCGAAUUAAUCAAAACAGUUGCAGUAAAAGAUUUCGAUCAUUUUGUUGAUCAUAAUACGCUUGUUGAUGUGGAUGCUGAUCCUCUCAUGGGUGGACACUUGGUAGCGUUGAGUGGGCAAAAAUGGAGAGAUAUGAGAGCAACUGUGAGCCCCAUAUUUACAAGUAGUAAAAUAAAGAUUAUGUAUGAGUUAAUGGCAGAAGCAGCUAAAGAUUUUGUCAAAUUUUUCUUAGAAAAGAAAGACGAUUUGAUUGAAGUUGAACUUAAAGAGACAUUCACAAGGUACACUAAUGAUGUCAUUGCCACCACAGCCUUUGGAAUUAAAGUGGAUUCUCUCAAAGAACCGAACAAUAGUUUUUAUAAAAUGGGUCAGAAUAUAACAGACAUGACUGGUAUUCUUAAAACCUUGAAAUUUUGCUUGUUCUUCUUUAUGCCUAAAGUGUGCAAGUUCUUUGAUCUGAAAUUUUCUGAUAAAAAAGUUACCGAUUACUUUGUCAACGUCAUAGAGGAAACCAUCAAAGCGAGAGAAGAAAAAGGCAUAUCUAGACCGGACUUGAUAAAUUUAUUCUUAGAACUCAGAAAUAGUACUGCGAAUGAUUCGAAUCCAGCUAAACAUUCUGAUGAUUACACUCAAAAACAUCACAAAUAUAUUACAAACAUGGAAAUAACCGCACAAGCAUUUAUAUUCUUCUUCGCUGGGUUCGACACCGUAUCCAUAGCACUUUGUUUUGGGUCGUAUGAGUUGGCAGUGAAUCAGGAAAUUCAAGAUAAACUGCGAGAAGAGAUCAGACAAACUUGGAACGAAACUAACGGAAAAAUUACGUACGACGUACUUUUAAAAAUGAAGUAUUUAGAUAUGGUCGUUUCUGAAAUUUUAAGAAAAUGGCCUCCAGCAAUAUCUUUAGACCGUCGUUGCACCAAGCCCUACACAAUUACCCCUCAAAAUCCUGGAGAAACAGCAUUUCAGAUUAGAAAAGGUGAUAUGGUCUGGGUUCCCGUCCAGGGUAUCCACAGGGACCCAGCUUAUUAUCCUGAUCCGGAAAAACUAGAUCCUGAGCGAUUUUCUGACGAAAACAAAGAGAAAAUUCUGCCCUACACCUACAUACCGUUUGGAUCAGGUCCUAGAAAUUGUAUAGGUUCGAGAUUUGCUCUUCUGGAAGUGAAAACCUUGUUGGUACAUUUGUUGUACCAUUUUCAGAUCGUUCCAAUUGAAAAAUCUGUGAUUCCGGUGAAGUUGAGCACCUCGGUCGCUCAUACCGCUGAAGGCGGGUUUUGGUUUGGACUAAAGAAGAUUCAGAGUUCCUCCGAGAAAAAAACAAUAUUACUAAUAUCAAUUAAAAUAGAUAAGUUUCUGAUAAUAUCUGUAAAUAAAAGCUGUCAUAUUAAUUUCAAUGAAGUCAUAAUUAAAUCUUGCUUAAUUUUUUUGGUGUCGAGUAUGAUUUGGUUGAUAGGGGCGGCUAUAGUAGCCGCUUUGACAUGGUACCUUUUCGUAAAACCCCUACAUUAUUGGUCAGACAGAGGUGUGAAACAGACUAAACCAUGGAUAUUCCUUGGAGAUUCAUGGACGACCUUGUUCAGAAGAAUGAGCUUUAGUGAAUUUGUAGAAUGGAUUUACAAUAUGUAUCCCAAUGAAAGAUAUGUAGGAUUCUAUCAAUUUUACACACCGACAUUAAUGUUGCGGGAUCCUGAAUUGAUCAAGCAGAUCACUGUGAAAGAUUUCGAUCAUUUUACCGAUCACAGGAGCUUUGUUGAUCCCGAUGCAGAUCCGUUGUGGGGUGGAAACUUGUUUUCCUUGAAAGGUCAAAGAUGGAGGGAAAUGAGAGCUACCCUUAGCGGUUCUUUCACAAGUUCUAAAAUGAAGACUAUGUUUGCCUUGAUGGACGAAGCUGCUGACAAUUUUGUUCAGUACUUUUUGGAUAAAAAGGAGGAUCUCAUCGAGUUAGAAAUGAAAGACACCUAUACGAGAUACACAAAUGACGUGAUUGCCACUACAGCUUUUGGUAUCAAAGUCGAUUCUCUUGCUGAACCGAAGAACACAUUUUACUUGAUGGGUAAAAAAAUGACAAACUUUACUGGUAUCAUCACCACCCUGAAAUUUUUUGGUUUCUUUGUUUUCCCGACAAUCUAUAAGAAAUUGAAAAUAGCCUUGCUGGACAGAGAUGCUUCUAUGUUCUUCAAAACCAUCAUUAAUGAAACAAUCAAAACUAGAGAGGACAAUCACAUUGUUAGACCUGAUAUGAUCAAUAUGCUCUUGGAAGCUAGGAAAGGCAUCAAGCAUGAAGAAAAUGGGGCUGUUGAAACUGGAUUUGCCACAGUACAAGAAUCUUCCGAUAUGGGCAAAUUUAAACAGCUAAAGACCUUAACAAACGACGAUAUUACAUCGCAAGCCUUGAUUUUCUUUUUUGCCGGUUUUGACACCAUUUCGACAGCUAUGUGUUUCGGAUCUUACGAGCUGGCCGUUAAUAAAGACGUCCAAGACAGACUGAGAGAGGAAAUCAGGACGACCUACAAAGAAAACGAUGGAAAAAUUACCUACGAUGUACUCUUGAAAAUGAAAUACUUGGAUAUGGUGGUGUCGGAAAUAUUAAGAAAAUGGCCACCCGCAGUCGCAGUGGAUAGAAUUUGCACCAAGCCAUAUACCAUUCAACCCAAACUGCCUGGAGAACGACCACUAUACAUCGACGUCGGUACUACGGUGUUUUUACCCAUUCAUGGGAUACAUAGAGAUGCUGAGUUCCACCCUGAACCUGAAAAAUUUGAUCCAGAACGAUUUUCCGACAAAAACAAGGAUUCGAUUAAGCUUUAUACUAAUAUUCCUUUCGGAUCAGGGCCAAGGAUCUGUAUUGCAUCCAGAUUUGCCUUAUUGGAAUGUAAAGUGUUGCUGUUCAAGAUAUUAUUAAAUUUUGAGUUGGUUCCUACUGAUAAAACGCUUAUUCCAUUGAAAUUAGCGAGAAAAUCACUGAAUCAUACUGCAGAAGGAGGUUUCUGGUUUGGAUUGAAACGUGCCAUGAAUAGAAAAUGGACUCCGUCAGAAAUUAUGGUUUACAUCAAACCUUACACCAUUACAGCACAGCAACAUGGUGAUCGGUCUGCUCACAAUAAUGUAACAAAAAUUUGGAUACCGAUAGCCGAAUUACAAAAAGAUUCAGAAAAAAUUCUAAGAAAAUGGCCUGUAGGAGCAUCGUUGGAUCGCAUAUGUACCAAACCAUACAUUUUACAAACAGGAAAUUCCGAACAGCCAACAAUUGAAUUACCAAAAGACUCUCAAAUUUGGAUUCCAGUCCAUGGUAUUCAUAGGGAUCCCGACAAUUAUCCCGAUCCAGAAAAAUUUAACCCAGAAAGAUUUUCUGAUGAAAAUAAGAAUGAUAUCAAACCCUACACUUAUAUGCCCUUUGGUGAAGGACCUAGAAAUUGUAUAGGGUCCAGAUUCGCGCUGUUAGAAACCAAAGUUUUGCUCUACAAAAUACUGUCUAAAUUCCAGAUCAUCCCUACGAAAAAAACAAAAAUUCCUCUCACACUGUCGAAAGAUUUUGCUGUGAAAGCCGAAGGAGGCUUUUGGUUUGGACUGAAACGAAUCUAAGCAUUUCAUUUUAUACUAAGUGUGGGUUUUAUGGUUUUAUAUAAUAUUCUGAUUGCUAACAGCUCCUUCGAAUGCUUCUUUCAAAUAAAAAACUAUACUUCUGCUCGGUUUAUUUCAGAAAUGUUAAGAAAAUGGCCUCCUAUAAUCGCUAAGGACCGCAUAUGCACCAAACCUUACACCCUGCGAACAGCUACUAAAGAAGAGAAAGAUAUCGAAUUCAAAGUGGACGACAUGAUCUGGAUUCCGACUCACGCUAUUCACAGGUGUCCAGAAAACUAUCCUAAUCCUGAAAAGUUCGAUCCAGAACGUUUCUCGGAUGAAAACAAGGGCAACAUUAAGCCAUACACUUAUCUCCCAUUCGGUGUGGGUUCCAGAAAUUGUAUCGGAUCCAGGUUCGCUCUAUUGGAGGUCAAAGUAUUGUUGUU